GACGGAAUAUGCUAAGCAGAUAGGUUAGUGUUUAUGUGUGCUGCUGGAGAGAUAGGCUACUGUAACUGAGAGUGAGGUGGCGUUUCGUUUUCCAUACCAACUGUGAUGCGUGGUCAGUAGAGGCGACGUUGAAUAGACUGAGAUAUCAUUUUCGGUUAUUCCUUUCCUUUUCGUUUUUCUGUCGACACUGACAACAAACGCAGGUUUCCUGUGUGCAGUCCGGUAGUAAAAAGGACUUGGAUGCGAAAGGGAGUUUGUUCAAAUGGCAGCAAUGACAAUUGGAAUAGAACUAUGCGGGAAUUAAUCGCUGGUGUUGCAGCCAUCUAAUUCACCAUAGCGCGUUUAUCCGUGGCAGCCCUGAACGUAGAGGGGGCUGCACUGUGUCCUGGCCACAGCUUCACUUUCACUGUGGCAAUAGGUGUAUUCAGUUAUUUUGAAUCAGUGCGGGAUUUGAUCUUGAACGUGCAAGGAAGGAACGCGUAACCGCUCAUUGAUGAACGAACACGUGGUACACCGUUUAUAAUUUACUCGUGAACCGAACUGUACACACUAUACUGUUGUUAUUACCAUUGUUCCAGUCGAGGAGAAAUACCAUGAAUAUGCAGCAACCCGUUCUGAACUGUUGCGAUUGUCAAACGUGAAGUAGCCGUGGCUUGCUUUUUGAGCUAAGGAGAAUAGCCAUAGUUUACCAGUUAUGGUGUUAAUACAUUUAUAAUAGUCCACGACAUUCUACGUUUUAAAUCCACUCUGAACAGCACAUUGGUGCUCUUUUUGUAAUACGGAGGAUUUAAUUUAGCAAUUCGCGCGGAGUUUGCAGUGACCCUUGGGGACUGCUGGUCUGGAAUAGCAACAAAGGACGGGGGCGUGCAUUCAUGGAAUGCAACUUUGACAGCUCUCCACUACUUAUCUACUGACUUUAUCAGCGGGCAACGGGGACGAGCUAGUAAUUGAAGGAGAGAUGGCCGAGAUCCCAACUCCCAGCCCUCUCCAUGAGUUGGACGUGGCCAUAGACCCAGACUUCGAGCCACAAAAACGGCCAAGAUCGUGCACCUGGCCGUUGCCCCGACCCGAGUCCAAUGCGGGGAAACCAGAAUGCAACGACACUGACAUUAUACCCGAGGAAGAGGAUGACGAAGAGGAACAACAUGCCACGUCCAUGGCCAUCAACGUCAAUGGCACCAACGUGGGAGCAGACCACCAGAACAGCAACAGCCCUACGGCCGAAGGACUGCUGUCCGGACAGGAGAACGGAGGCUCCCCGCUCUCCUCCCACUCCCCCACGACCACUUCGGGCGCACAUGGCACCAGCGGCCCGGGUCCGCAGACUCCACGGAAGUCUUCGUCGCGCAGGAACGCGUGGGGGAAUCUAUCAUAUGCUGACCUGAUAACCAAAGCCAUAGAGAGCACGCCGGACAAGAGAUUGACUCUGUCUCAGAUUUAUGACUGGAUGGUGAGAUGUGUGCCGUACUUCAAAGACAAAGGUGACAGUAACAGUUCGGCUGGGUGGAAGAACUCCAUCCGGCACAACCUCUCCCUCCACAGUCGUUUCAUCCGUGUCCAGAACGAGGGAACGGGAAAGAGUUCCUGGUGGAUGAUAAACCCGGAGGGAGGGAAGGGCGGGAAGGCCCCCCGGCGCCGUGCUGUCUCAAUGGACAACAGCAACAAGUACACCAAGUCUGCCCGCGGCCGCGCAGCCAAGAAGAAGGCGGCCCUUCAGGCAGUGGUGGCCGGCGAGGGGGGCGGAGACAGCCCCUCAGGGCUUUCCAAGUGGCCGGGCAGCCCCACAUCACGGAGCAGUGAGGAGCUGGACGCCUGGACAGACUUCCGCUCACGCACCAACUCCAACGCCAGCACGCUAAGUGGGCGCCUCUCACCCAUCCUGGCCAACCCAGAGCUGGACGAGGUGCUGGACGAUGACCCGCCACUAUCGCCCAUGCUCUACUCUAGUCCCGGCGAGGCACUGUCGCCUGGGAACACCCCCACGCCCAAUGGGAAGGGACUGCCCACAGAGCUGCCUCGCCUGGCAGACCUGGCAGGCACCAUGAACCUGAACGAGGGGCUGACGGACGACCUGAUGGAUGAGCUGCUGGAUAACAUCACCCUGGCCCCCACCCCAACUGGACCAGCCACUCAGAGAGGAUCCUCCGGGCUCAGCUUUGGCUCCAAGCUUGCCGGACUGGGCUCCUCCUCCCCAACCACCUCUCCCUCUACUCCAUCCCCCUCUAAUGGUGCAGGCGGCAGUGGCUACUGUAACUCCAUCUUUGGUCCCCUCACAGCGGGCUCCUCCCUGCGGCCCGCCCCCAUGCAGACCAUCCAGGAGAACAAGCAGACGUCCUUCUCCUGCAUCUCCCGCUUCGGCAGCCAGACCCUGCAGGAUCUGCUCAACUCAGAGGGCCACAGCCACAGCGACGUCAUGAUGACCCAGUCUGACCCGCUGAUGUCACAGGCCAGCGCCGCCGCUGUUAUCUCCCAGAACUCCAGGCGAGGCUUUGUUCUCCGCAGCGACCCCAUGAUGACCAUUGGGACCACGGCGUUAGGGCAGGGGGUGCUCCUGCACAACCACAACCAGGGGUCCCUGAGGACACUGAACGGGGGUCCGAGCCUGAACAACGAGGCCAACAGCCUGGCCAAUGCCAAGCAGCAGCUCCUGCACUCUCCACUGGGACUUGGAUCGAACGGCUCCUCCAUGAUGCAGAUUGACUCGUCCCUCUUCCUGAACGGGAGCGUUGGUGGAAGCGGUGGGAUCUGCUCGGUAGGCCCCGACCGCUUCCCUACCGACCUGGACCUGGACAUGUUUAACGGGAGCCUGGAGUGUGACAUGGAGUCCAUCAUCAGAAACGAGCUGAUGGACGCAGAUGGCCUGGACUUUAACUUUGACUCCCUGGCCAACCUGAACGGACCCAACCUGGGCAGCUUCACCAGCACCAAGCAGGGACCCCAGAGCUGGGUCCCUGGCUGAGAGAAAGGCCACACCCUAGAGGGGGCAGAGCAGGUACAAACUGUAGAGCAAGAGAAGAUCAGACACAAAGCGUCCUUUUUGCCAAGCCUGCUAUCAGCACAACAUGGAAUAAAUACCCUAUGUUUACACAAGACCUCCUCUAGAGAAAUGUACCUUUUCUCCCACUCUGACGGACCAUGAAUGAUUUGAAGUACACAGACUCACAAGACGUGACCGUCAGAUCCUCAAAGACCCCUGCAAAACAAACAAACAAUCUGAAAUCAUCACAACAAACUCAUCUCAGAAUUAUGCAAUCUUCCUUUGAGAAAACACCAGUCGGACAAAAUCUAUUGUAAAGAUGCAGAGCGAGAGGGGCUGUGUUUUGUUUAUUUGAAGGGUUUUUGGGAAACAAUGACAUUCGGCAAGCAAGGUUGUAGUGUACAAGUAGUUCCUGGGAAAAAAGGACAAAAGAUAAACAAAAACAAAAGUGAAGUGGUGUAAAACCUAAUACAGUGGUUUCUGGGAUGUGUUAUGUUGGAAAAUCUUCCUCUGUUUUCACUCAGUGAUUUUAAAUGUUUAAUGUUUGUUUUUAAAUUCCUGUUUUACCAUCAUCACUGUUUCUGCACCACAGUUGUUUUAUAACAAAAUGAUUGAUGAAAUGAAAGAGAGGAAGGAGACAUAAUAGCGAUAACACACACACGUUACACACACCGAUGAUGUCAUAAACAAUAAUGCCAUGCAUUUCAGGUUGUUGGUGUUUUGUUGCUUUUAUUUUACAUGACUUUGAAUGAUUAGUCACGGUUUUAAAAAGACUUAUAGAAACAAUUAUAAUAAUACAAUUAUCUGAAUACUAUAGAGAGAGAUUGUUAUCGUUUAUUUGUAUCGAACUGUAAAAACAAGAAGAAGAAGUCUGUCAUGGAUCUGUGUACAGUACAGUACAGUACAGGGAAGCUUCAACUUAAAGGAAGAGCCGAGGAGGAGGAGGAGUUUAGACCUUCUUUUCUAGUUAAUGGGUGGGGUAUGUCAACGUGUUGUAGUACAGCAUAUGUAGCUAAAAUAAAUACCUAUGUCCUAG